AUGGAGUACGACGAAACAGAAUCAGACCUGCCACUCUCUACAGAAGACGAGCGAGAGGUCUUGGUCUCUGGUAAGUUUAUCCUUUCAUCAACUCAUUUUAUCCAAGCAUAAAUGAAAGGCAUUGCUAACAUAGAGACAAGCACCAGUCAGACCAAACGUAUCAGCUAGACUGGUUACACUUCCCACUGAGCUACUUUUCAUGAUCUUCGAAGAUCUCCAGCCUGUCAAUACGACCUGUGCUGGGCUCACAUGUAAGACGCUGUGGGCUAUCUGGAACAAGCCACGUCGUCUCAGCCAUCGAAAUUGCGACUUCAUCUAA